AUGUUUGGAAUUAAAGAUAGAAAAAAAUAUGGAAUGAAAAUACCAGAAAAGUUUUGUGGAAUAGCUGAUGAAUGUUUUUCUGGAUGUAAUAAUCUUAGGCAAAUUAAUAUACCAUCAAAUAUUGAAUCAAUAGGAGACUCUUGUUUUUCGGAAUGUACAUCAUUAACAACAAUUAAUAUACCAACAAGUGUUAGUGAAAUAGGAGAUGAAUGUUUUAGUAGAUGUACAUUAUUAAAAUCAAUUACUAUUCCAUCAAGUAUAAGUAAAUUAGGAUAUGGAUGUUUUUCGGAGUGUUCAUCAUUAACAACAAUUAAUAUACCAACAAGUGUAAUUGAAAUAGAAAGGAGAUGUUUUAAUGAAUGUAAGUCAUUAAGAACAAUUGCUAUACCAACAAGUGUAGUUGAAAUAGGAGACAAUUGUUUUAAUGAAUGUAAAAUAUUAACAUCAAUUACGAUACCAACAAGUGUAAGUAAAAUAGGGGAUGGUUGUUUUUCAGAAUGUUCAUCAUUAAGAAUAAUUUCUAUAUCUACAAGUGUAAUUGAAAUAGGAUAUGGAUGUUUUAAUGAAUGUUCAUCAUUAAAAACAAUUAAUAUACCAACAAGUACAAGUAAAAUAGGAGACAAUUGCUUUGAUGGAUGUAAAACAUUACAAUCAAUUGACAUACCAACAAGUGUAAGUAAAUUAGGAGAUGGAUGUUUUUCAGAAUGUUCAUCAUUAGACUCAAUUACUAUACCAACAAGUAUAAGUAAAUUAGGAAAUAAUUGUUUUAGAGAGUGUUCAUCAUUACAAUCAAUUGACAUACCAACAAGUGUAAGUAAAAUAGGAUAUAAUUGUUUUUCUGGAUGUACAAGAUUAAAAACGAUUACUAUAUUCACAAGUGUUAGUAAAAUAGGAAGUUCUUGUUUUUAUGGAUGCUCAUCAUUAACAACAAUUAGUAUAGAAGAUGUAAAAUAUAUAAGUGAAGAAAGAAUAUUUAUGAAUGAAGCAGUGUUAAUUAGUAUUGAAAUACCAAAGAAUUUAAAAACAAUAAAUGGAAAGAAGAUUGAAAAGAAAGAUAUUAAUGAAUUUAUUAUUCCAUCAACAAUCACUAAAAUAGGAAAUGGUUGUUUUGAAGAAUGUGAAUCAUUAAAAUCAAUUACUAUACCAACAAGUGUUAGUGAAUUAGGAAAUGAUUGUUUUGAAGAAUGUGAAUCAUUAACAACAAUUAAUAUACCAACAAGUGUUAGUGAACUAGGAGAUAGUUGUUUUAGUUCUUGUUCAUUAUUAACGUCAAUUAAUAUACCAACAAGCGUUAGUAAAAUAGGAAAUAGUUGUUUUUAUGGAUGUACAAGACUAAGAACGAUUAAUAUACCAACAAAUGUUAGUGAACUGGGAAAUAGUUGUUUUGAUGGAUGUUCGUCAUUAACAUCAAUUAAUAUUCCAUCAAGUGUAAUUGAAAUAGGAGAUUGGUGUUUUUCAGAAUGUAAGUCAUUAAGAACAAUUACUAUACCAACAAGUGUAAUUGAAAUAGGAGGGUGGUGUUUUAAUGAAUGUAAAUCAUUAACAUCAAUUAAUAUAUCCACAAGUGUUAUUGAAAUAGGAGAUAAUUGUUUUGAUGGAUGUCCGAAUGAGUUGAAAAAGAAUGAGGUAUUAAGAAAGAUAUAUUAUAAAGAUGACUGUGUCAUUGUUUAA